AUGUUGAAAUACGUAUGUAAUUUCAAGUAGAAUAAGCAAAUUAAUGAUGAUUUAAACAAAGUACAUUUGCCAGUAAAUAAUUUCAUGGAAAGUCAAAGAAAUUCAAAUAUAAAAGGAUAAUUAAAAUAAUAAGACACACCAAUGACAAAUAAUUAAGGAUUGGCAAACAUUACAAGCUUUUAGAUAAAUAAUAUUUAAGGUAAAAAAAAUGAAGAUUUAAAUUUAAAUUUAGAGAAAAGAAAAUCACCUUCUAUAUUUUAAAAGCAAAUAAAUGAAUUAACAUAAGUGUAAGAAAUAAAUUUUAAUCAAACUGAGAUUGGUUAUUCAAAUAACACAACUCAGAGAGAAGCACUCAUUAACUAAUAAGGUCUUUCAAAUUCAAACUACUCUUCUCUUUUAACAGCUAUUAAAUCUAAAUCAAAUACUAAAGAUACAUAUUAAUAAAAUUUUUCUAACUAUAAUUUAAAAGAUUAAAAAAAUAAAAAUUCUAACUAUUUAAUAAAGAAUGAGUAAUAUGAUCUUGUUAAAGAAACAAACUAAGAUGAUUAUUAGAAAAGUGAUUUAAAUUAUUAAACUAACAUAGACGAUAUUCAAAUAAACUAAUUAAAAUUAUUUGAAAACUACUUUUAUGAUAGCCAAGCAAUUUAAUAAAAUUAUUAAUAAAUCUAAGAAAAUUAAAAGGCUAGUAAUGCAUCUAAAAUAGGUGAAACAAACUAAGAUAUAGAAAUAUAAUAGUAAAAUUCUUAAAAUAAUCCUUUAGGAAAAGAAAUCGCUAAUGAAGAAUCAGCUAAAAUAAUAGAGAGUAAUUUAUCAAAUAUUUAAAUUUAAAUUUGUGAAGAGCUUGAGAACAAAAUAUAAUUUCAUUAAUAAAAUGAUUAUAACUAAUUAUAAGUUAGUGCAAAUUUUUAAAACCACAAUUUUCCAGAAGGUAAGUUAGAAACUAGUAUUAAAAAUAGUGUGAGAGACUUUGAUGCUAUUAUAAGAUCUAAAAAUAUUUCGUUUAACCCUCAGAAAAUGCAUUUAGAAGAGCCAGAAAAAUAAUUUAUUUACACAUUCGAGGAUUAAAAAAGUAAUUCAUCCUGCAUAUAUAGUGGUAUUUAGACUAAAGUAGAUGAAGAAACAUAAAAGUAAUAAAAUAUGAAUAAAAAAGGCAAUAGUUUAUAAAAAAUAAAAUUAAAUGGUUAAUAAAAGGAAACAUAAAAGGCAAUAGAUAUUUCUUAAAGUCUUCUUCAAGAUAUAUUGCUUUAAAAUAAUUACAGUUUUUUUAAAGAAAUACUUGAUUUUUUAGACUCAAGUUUAUUUGUCAUUGAUGAGAAUAUGCAAAUUAUUUAUUCAAAUUAUUAAGCAAGCUCUUUGAGUGAAAAAUUAUUUUCUAGUUUUGGCUCUAAAAAAUCUAUAAUCGCUAAUUAUUAGAAGAAAUAAUCAAGAAAUUCGUACGAUAAUACCAGUUUGAAUAAUCAAUUUUUUAAUGACUAGAAAUUACCAUAUAUGGAUCAAGGAUAAGCACCUUAGCUUCACCCUUAAAAAAUAUAAUAAAUAUCAAAUUAAAAUUUAUAAGAUUAACAAUAGAAUUAAAAAUAAUUUUUAGAAAAAAAAGAAUAAACUAAUUAAAAUAGUUUAUAGAAGAGUUUAUUUCAAUUCAAUUAAGUUUAAUCAAAAUAAAUUAUUGAAUCUCAAAGGAAUUUAUUCUUUACACAGAAUAACAUCUAAAGCAAAGACAAGCUCAGUUUCAAUAAAAUACAGUUUGAGAAAGGUUAAAAUAACUAAGCAACUAAUUCAAAUCAAGAAUUCAAAUAUAAUUUACUCAAGCAAAUAACAGUUUUUGAAUUUUCGAAACAAAGUUUGGAACAUCUAAAAAAAAUGGGAAUAAAUUAAAAUUAUUCUAGUUUAAAUCAAUCUAAUAUUUAAAAGACUUUUCAAGAAGAGAAAAUGAAUAUUUCAUCUGUAAAAAACUAAUAUUCUACUUAGCAAUCAAAUACUUAAUUUUAAAAUAUAAAGUUUAAUCCUGUGCAAUCGACUUAAGCACAAAUUUUCAACAAAUCCUAAAAAUUAGAUUGUAGUUAUUUAUUAGAUGAAGUUUUAUAAAAAGAAUCUAAAAGAUCUGAAAGAGCAAUUAAUAUCAAUUUACUAGAUUUAAUUAAAGUCAUAUUAUAAAACUUAAAUUUAGAAUUUCAGUAGGUUAUAUUAGAGCCUGUUGGCGUUAAACUUAAUGAGGACUUGGAUAUCUUAAAUAAUUUUAGCAUAAAAUUAAUUGGAAAGAUUAUUAACAAUUAAAAAUGUGUUAUUAUAAUGUUUUCAGAUAUUUAAGAAAAAGAAUUAUAAUUAAAUAAAAUAUUGGAGAGAAAUAUUUUUUAAACAAUAAGCCAUGAGCUCGGUACUUAUACUAAUUUUAUAUAGACGUUUACACAAACAGCUCUUUUAGAUCACAGUGUACCUGUAUCAGUGAAAGAUAACUAUUUAAAAUACAUGAAUUCAAAUAUUUUCCUAGUGAGUUAAGUUAUUUAAGACAUCAGAGAUUAUUACGAGUACUAAAAUGAUGCGUUGAAAAUUAUUUGGAAAGAAAUUAAUUUGAUUGAUUUAAUUAGAAAUAUAUGCAAGCAUUUUAAAAAGCUAGCAAAAAUAAAGCAGAUUACAUUUAAAUGUGAUUUUUUCGAUAUACCAGAGAAAAUAUGUACUGACGAAUAAAAAACUCAAUCAAUAUUAAUCAAUCUACUUUCUAAUGCUUUCAAAUUUAGCUAGAAAAAUGGAUAAGUUACUGUUGAGAUUUCUUACAAAAAGGAAGAUGAGCUUAUAAAGAUUAGUGUUAAAGAUUCAGGAAUAGGAAUGAGUUUUGAUGAGUAACAAAAGCUCAAACUCCUUUUAGAUGGUAAGUCUAUUUAAGAUAAGGUAUCUCUUAACUCUUCUGGCUUUGGAUUCGGUUUAACGAUAAGUAGUAUUUUAGCAAGAAAAAUAUCAAAAAGGAAUUAAAAUAACAAUAUUAAAUUUAUAUCAAAAUAAAAUUAAGGAAGUACUUUUUGGUUCUAUUUAGAUGCUGUUUCUAUGAUUAAAAAGAUGAAUUCGAAAAGCUUAUUGAAUUUUUAGCCAAAGAUUAACUCUGUUCUAACUUAAUAAAAUUUAUAAUAAUCAUUCAUCAAUCAUUAUAAAUCCUCAGAUGUAUAACCUAUUUUUGAUUAAUGUGUUCAAAAAGAGCUUGAUUUUAAUUCUUUGAAUUAGUAAACUAGAAGCCUCUAAAAAGAAACUAGCUUCUUAAACAGCAAUGCUGCUUCAAUCCACACUUAUGAAGAAAGCUAAAUUCAGACAUAAAUAAAUAGCUAAAAUCAAAUCAUUUUAACUAGUUGCGUUAAUAACCCUAGCAAUUAGAUAUUAGUAGGCUCUUCUUUAUUAAUAAAAAACGGAAGCAAAAACAUGAUAAACCCUAUACCUUAAAUAAAAAUGCAGCAAUCAAAAUUUAAGCAGCAACAGCAGAUUUAAUAAAAUAAGUUUUAUAAUCAAACAAGCCUUUCUAAUAAUCCUAAGAUAUUAUAAAAAUAUAUUAUUAUUAGUGAUAAUGAAAUUAUAGAAAUGGAGGAAUCUGACAUUUUUGAUGGACAACACAUAUUUUAGGAAGGAAUCACCUAAAGCUAAUCUUUUGAUCUAAAAGGAUAAAUUGAAUACAUAAAACAAACAAAAUGUAGAUAGAAUAGCUGCGAAAAUUAUGAAUCUAACGUUAGAAAUGAAAUAACAUAAAAGUAAUCUUGUAAAAAUAUAGGAACGAAGUCAGUAUCAAAAUAUAAUAACAGUAUAACUCAGAGUUUUACCUUUGUUAUAUCUUCUAAUGAACUUAAGAAGAAAUAAAAAGAAGAAUUAAAAGUAGUAAAUAAACGAUAAUCUCUCUAGCAUCAUAAAUCAACUUCUUUGAAAUCCCUUUAAAUUAAUAAAUCAAUUGAAAAUACAUCAGAACAAAUCUCAUUUAUUGAUAUUACGCCUAUAGAAAGUGUUUAAGUAUAGCUGCCAAAAUAAAUAAAUAAUAAAUUUUUUUCAGCAAAUAAGAUCAUGAUUGUUGAUGACGAGCCAAUGAAUAUAAAAGGCUUGUAAAUAAUGCUAAAGAUAAAAGCUGACAUUUAAGACGAGCUUAUAUAUACUGCCACAAACGGAAUAGAAGCUGUAGAUUUAUUUAAAAAGAGCUUAAGUAGCUUAAAUUAAAUAAAAUUAAUAUUCAUGGAUAUAAACAUGCCUUUGCUUGAUGGUAUAGAAGCUACAAAACAAAUACGUGAGUUAGAAAAUAGAUUUUAAAAUUAAAGACAUAUAAAUAUUUGUGCAUACACCUGCUGGACGGAUCUUCAAACCAAAAUCAAAUGUAGCUAAGCAGGGAUGGAUAACUAUUUUUCAAAACCGAUUACUCAUGAUUAACUAUUUGUGGCAUUAAAUAGAUAUUAUUUUAAUCAAUGA